GCGCGUAUACGUGUACCACGGUGCUAUCGCUCAUGUCCAUCGAGCCUUGCAUACGGAGUACUACGAUACCAUGCAAUGCAAUCUGCACGGAGCCAUGGCUGGACAAGGCCUACACUACAGUAGGUAUGAGUGCCACGAAAACGAGCAUGGCACAGGCAUCCUCUCAUCUCCAUCGCCUCGUCUUUGUGCACAACCACGACAAUGGCUGGCCGCAGAAUCUCACGGGCCCUGAGUCUGGGUGGCCGCUUCAUCUGGCCGCAGCAGGCCGGGCUGCAUGUGACUUGAGCUGUGCCUGUGCCUGUGGUCUGUAA